AUCAUAUCAUAUCUAACAGUGUUUCUUUUGAUUAAUUUUCAUUGUAAAUCUUUUAAGAAAAAAAGAAGAAAAAAAAAAGAAAAAGAAUCAUAAUGUCGAUACAGAAUUGUCAUUGCCAUUAAGAUGUUUUUUCAAAGUUUAAAUACGUCUGUCCUAGGGUUAAAUCAGAAUUAGUCAGUUAAAGUCAUUAGUAAAUGUAAAUAAUAAUCCAAAAUUUCUUAUAACAAUUUCUCUGGUACAGAACGUAGUAACUAAGGGUAAGAGAAAUUCAUUAAUUUUCAAAUAAUGUGUGCAUAUUCUUCAUUAAGACGAGAAAACAACUUGUGGAACAAUGCAGACUUAAAAUAUGUGUAAAAGUAUAAUAUAUAAACGCAAACUUAUAUCACAUUGAUUGUCCAUACAUAAUUCAUAUUUCGCAGUAACAUAUAAUACAUUCGGAAAUCACUAUUUUACUUGAUUUAAAGAAAACAAAAAGAACGAACAAAACAAGAAAUUAUCUACGUUAUUUACGUAAAUUAUAUAAGACUAAAUCAUUUUGUAUUUUAUAAUACACCCGACUCUCAAUCUUCCUAUCAUUACUGAAUACUGCAAACCUAUUAAAUAUUAUUAAAUCGUAUCGUUACUGGAAUACGACAUUAUGAUAAUCACCAUUCUCAUCUUAGUAUAAAAUUUCAAAAAAUCGAACUCUAUAUUUCAGAAAUGAAAAUAAAAUGUGAUUUGCCAUGCAUAUGCUCUCUCAUGAUUUAAUUAUAUUAUAUCGAGGAAGAGGAAUAUACGUGUUAUUAUUGCGUUUCGUGUUAUAUAUUUUGCAUCAUAAAAAUAAAAUUAGUUGUUUAUAUUUUAUUACUUCGUAGAAAAAGAGCAGUAAUAUUUACUGUCGUGUUAAAAAAAUUUUUCACGAAUCGUAUACGCUGUAUUCGGUUAUUAUUUAAGAUUUAAGUAUUUUGUAAGUUCAAUAUUCUCUCUUUUUAUAUUUUUUAUUUUAUACAUAUAAACGGGUUUUUUUCGUCUUAUUGGUUAUUAAAUAAAAGACUUUAUUACGUAAGGAACUUUGUUGCUAAAAAAAAAUUUAUUAAUUUCUUGCAAUGUAUUCAUUUCUGAUAAAAAGAAUUGUUUCUUCGAGAAUUUCCAAUUUUACAAUAAAUCGAUGAUUAAUUAAUACGUCACGUUGAUCUUACCUUUACAAUAGAUCUUCGUUUAACUUGUGUUAAUUAAUCUCGACCCGUUUAACUUUUAUUGUGUAUUUGUAUUAAGAAGUAAUAAAACCAUGGAUGGAUCAUGAAUGUUAUUAAAAGUUCAAUGCACUGAAUCCCGCAUGAUUUUUAUUAAAACUUUGACGAAGUUCGAACGGGAAAACCGAAAAAUUUUUGAAUUUAGAAUAUCAACGAAUUUGAAUUUUUGCGCCAUCUCUUGUCACGCAAGUGAUCUUCGUAGUAAUAUUUUUCGAAAUAAAGGAUACGAAAAUCGCGGCGAAAAUUCGUCAAUUUCUUGACCUGGAUCCAUAAGAUCGUGAUUGUGUCGAUUUCUAAAGGAUUUAAUAAAUUAAAAUAAACGUGGUAUGAUAUUUCGGGAUAUUUACGCGACAAUGAAUAUAUCGACAAGAGAUAAUAGAUAAAAUAGGGGUGAAAAUUUGUAGAGCCUUCCAUGUCGUAUAAUGAUAUGUACAGUGUGAUUGAAACGAAUAAAAAUUAUAAAAUCAAUUAUGAUUCCUUUCUCCAAGUACUUUUAUUUGAGAAAAAUUGAGUUAUUAUUCAUGUCAGAAAAUGACGAAGUAAGUAAUUCUUUAAUACGAUUAACGUGAAACUAACAUUUUUCACAUGGCUAUAAUCUUACAAUUAUUUAAUCAUGAAGUAACGAAAUUGGCUAUAUUAUGAAGGCGAUUUUAAUGCUCGAGAAACGUGGCUAUAAAUAAUACGUGCAAUGCACAAAAAUGUGGAUUAUUCUUGGAACGGAUUUGAUGUUAUCUCGUAGAUAGCGUUCGUUGAAGGAACUUCUACAGGCAAGCUUAAGUGGUACAUUAUUACAAUGUAUAAUGUACAUAUAAAACAUAUUGUUUAGCCUUAUUUCAAUCGACUGUAAAUAUUUGUGUUCUAAUACACAUAUCCGAGAUUUGAUUCUAUGAUAUUUAUUACAUAAUAUAUAAUUAUCUAAUGCUCACUGUGCAUUAAAAAUUUUGACUACGAUGCAAAGAGAAAUUUGCUGAUGAUAAUUUGUAUAAUUUAAUGUUAAACAAAGAUUUUAUAAAAUUAUACUUAUGGGUGUCUCAAAGAUGCUUAAACGUCUCUUAUAUACGAAUUUUGUAUUAUGUGGUUCAAAGGCUAUAGGAAUUUUGGCACCUUUAACGAUACCUCCUUUACACAUAGCUUUUUUAUAUUAUUUCUGGCAAGAGUAUGCUCGUGAUGUUGAUAAACAAUAUUGUUCGUGUUCAUGCUGGGAUACAGUGUUUAAAGGAUCUUAUGAAUCAGGGAUUGCCUCUUACAAACAUAUGUACUUUAAUGCUACUAUGAAUAGUUUAAAAAUAUGGAUAACCAUAGUUAUUGGAAUUGUUACUUUCUAUGAAACAGUUAAGUACUUGAUAUGGCUGGCGUUUCAACAGCGCCUCAGACUUAGUAUGAUGUUACUUUUUUCGACUGCUGUUUUCUCACAUUAUUACUCAUGGUGGGUGUAUAUUAAUUAUUGGAACGACGAUUUCUACUCUCAGUGGUAUCAUCAACUAUUUUUUUCUAUCACUGAGUUAAUAUCAACCUUCCUGGUUGUUCACUUGGCAGACAAAAAAAAUCUUUUAACUCAUAGAAAAGCAUUUGGAAUAAUUGCAAUUGCAAUUUUGCACAUUGUAGCUGGUGGUUGGGAUCAGUUUGUUGCAAAUGUUGUAAGAGGAGAAGGAUAUGCUCAUCAGGUUGUACGAGAUUUGGGAUUUAUGAUCCCUGAUAUUCUUCAUGUCGCUGUUCCUCUGUGGUCCAUGCAGUGGAAGAAUGCUUAUAAUCUUCCAGGAUCUAGUACACGUGAUCCUAGCAUUAGAAGAGAUCUUGCUUAUAUGUUAGGCAUGAUAUUAAUAGGAUUGUGUGUUUGUGCCAUUUUAUAACAUGGUAAAUCAAACUUCAAAACAUGGUAGUGUCUUAAAAGUUAGGAAAAAUAUCUUAAUUAUUUAUAUAUUUUCAUUGCUUUUUAAAAGGGCUUUUUAAAAAUUCAUAGCUUUAAUAUUUCAUGUUUUAAUUGAAAGUAAUGGCACUAAUUGUGAACAUUCAAGUAAUGGUUAAAGUAAUACUAUUACUUGUUUCAUUGAAAAUAUCAUAUUUUUGAUGUUUGACUGAAAUUUUACAAUGUAGCUUUAAUAGUGUGUCUGUAGGGUAUGUAGAAAAGACAUCCAAAGACUUUAAAUCAAAAUAAUUUGAAAUAUUUUGUUUAUCUCAAUAGUACAAAUUGCUACAUUAAUUUAUUUUCUUUCUAAGUAGUAUAUAGAUAAACGCUUUUUAGUUUAGUAGAAAUAUAAGUGAUAUAUAGUUUAGUAGAAACAUGAAUGACACAAUAUGUGACUUCCAAAGAUUGUGUUUUUACCCUUUUAACAUAUCAUAAUAACAUUAUUUAUAUAGAAUUUUUCUAAUUUAAAUGUAGCCUGAAUAUUUGAUAUAAAAAACUUAAAAAAAAAACAUUUCUUAUUUAAUUAGUACAAUAUCUUUUAACUUGGAAUAAAACAUAAUUUUUGAAAUGGCUAUAAAUGUAGUUAAAUGAAUAUAAUAUGACAAGUACGAUUGCAUUAAAAAAUAUCUUAAUGUUUCGAGUUAUCACAAGAAUUUACCUCACAUUGUUAGUAUUUUUAUAAUAUUUCGUCCCUCUAUAUAUCUUAAAUGAUAGUUAAAUAUUACAUUGGCAAUGUGCUAUUUUGUAGACAAAUCUAGAAUGAACAGUGAAAAUCGUUUAUAAUAUUAUAGAUGUAUUUAUUGCACGAUAAGUGUGGCUAUAUUUAUAGUAAUUAGUAUAAUCAUAAUUUUAAAAGGACGAAAAUGUCAAUUUAGAAAUGAUAUCAAGGGAUGACAUAUCAACACAUAUCCAUUUAAUAUGCUGUUGAAGAUAAGAAAAUAGAGUAAAUUCAAAAUGAAAUAAUUGGCAUUUUAUUGAAAAUAAUAUUUGAUAAAAAGGCUUAAUAUUUGAAGUGCCUAACAACACUAUGCAGUAACUAUAUCGAUUACUGUUACUCAUUGUCGGUAUAUCGAGUGCCAGAAUGAUAAUGUAAGUUUGUCUUAUAUAUAAGUGCCAAGACAAAAAUAAAAUGACAUAUAAUGCAACAAACGUGAAGU